AGUAUAAAAUAGGUCUUGAAAUGCCUCCCAUGUCUUUUGCAUUGGUAUUUUCACCUUGCUCUAGUUUCUCAAUCUAAACAACUGGGAGGAAUGAACACAUUACCUAUUGGAUAUAAAGGAAAAUUGGCUGAAUCUGCAGGCAGAUGAUGCACUAAUACUGUAUUGAUUAAAGAGGAUGAAACAAGAAAUCUGGAAAAUUAUGAGAACAAUGUGAUUUUUCUCACCUACAUUUAGAUGAAUAUUUAUACUCUAAUUUUUGAUACCUGAAAAGUUUCUGAAGUAAUCUGUCUGGGUGAUAGCCUAAGCAUUGUAGUAGGGGCAUCUUCAAAUCACCAUAAUGUCAAUGACAGUCUUUUCCUAAGUUGAAUCUAAAAGAAGCACAGUCUGUAAUGACAGUGUAUGUAUUACAUCUAUCUUGACACAUAAUUGGCAAGUGACAAAUGAUUUUAUAGCCACUUCAGUCUGAGCAGGCAUUACUGGGCACCAAGAUAAAUCAUGUAAGAACUGGCUCUUUUGAGUCAAGAACAAAGUGUAGAAAUUUUGUCUAUGAAGAUAUUUUAAACAAAAAAAGUGAUACCACUCAUCGAAGUAUCUUGUGCACUCAUGCACAUACAGAAGUAAUUGAACCAUGUAUCUGAUAAAAUGUGUUCUGGCCCAGAAAAAAUGAUGUUUUAAUCUUUAAGAUGACAUGAAACCAUUGGAUAUGGGUGCUUGCAGCUCUUUAGAGAAAAAAGAAGUGAAAAUAAUUUGUCUGUCCUGUGGAGCUAUGCAAGACACUGAUGGCAGAGCCAACAACUGUCUUCAAGACUUCAAUUGGUAAUUAUGUUUUUUUUCUUUUGUGACUUCAUCAGAGAAUAUUCUAAAAUUCUUAGAAUUUUUACUAGGAUCAUAUUCUAUCUUCUUCAGACAAAAGCAUGGUAUGGUAGGUUUUUGUCUAAGAGCAAAGAGAAUGCUUACUGGUGUUCGAAGAGUGAACUAUGACAAGUUAGACACAUUGCUGAACAUCAGUGGGCUUCAAGGCAGAGAUAAUUUGUACACGAUUGAUGAAGCUCAUGAAAAGUUUAUGGCAAUUUAUCCAACCAUUUUUGUUAAGGGAAAGAUAAUGUUACCAGGUAUUCCUGAAAAAAGAACCACCGGGGUACAUUCCUGUUAUAUAACUAAAUCUAAAACCAGGGAAGAUUUUGACAGUCACAAUGUCAAGUUCUACAUGGAUCAGGUGAAAGGUCCUCAAAAAUUGCAUUCUGGCUCUCCAGAAUAUAUAGGAAAGCUGCAAGACAUUGUAAAGAUACUCCAGAAGAUCCCCAUUCUGAGAACCCAGAAAGAACAUGAGACUGUAUAUAACACCAUGAAAUUAAUUUCUGAUAUCAGUGAGCAACUUUCUGAUGCAGAGAUGAGGGAGCUCAGUUUCACUGUUGUAGCAGAAAACUGGAGAAAAGGAAGUCCAGUGGAUGGAAGCAUGGGGUUUUAUGUCGUACUCAAAGGAUCUAUUAGACCACAGACAAAAUAUUACAAGAAAAUGGUUGGAGGAAAUUUUAUUUCAGCAACAUCAUCAUCAGCUUCCAUCGUGCUACCAACUACAUUAUCCUGGUUGUUGCCACCCCAACCAUUGCUUGGUGUAGGUAGUUGCUUCGGGACUUUGGUACCACUUUCUGCACGGAUGCAAUAUAAAACUCUAAUAAUUGCUACUGAGGAGGACUCUGAAUUCCUCAGAAUCUCAUCUGUAGAUUACUUAAGAGUAAAAGCGGAAAUAGCAAAGCGUGAACAGUUGGCAAAAGAAGAAUUAAUCCAUGGCUCUCCAUAUUACAAAGACUGGCCUAUGAUAUUUAUAUUUCAGCUGACUGCUCAUUUAAAAUGGAAGAAGUUUCCAAAAGGCCAUGUGUUUAUGAAAGGAGGAGAAAUCAGCGAAUAUAUUGGAUUCAUUAAAUCUGGACACUGCAAUGCUUACCGAAUAAUUCCAGCCCUUGUGAAGCUACCUCUAGGGAAAAUGAUUAAACAAUUGAGACAUGUCCUCAUUGGCCAGUUGAAUCCAAAGGAAUCCUUUGGAGAAAUGAGCCUUCUUCUACAGAUUCCAUCUACGUAUACACUGAAAGCAGCAACCACCGUUGAACUAGGAACUAUUGAGGCUUCAGCCAUACUUGAUUUAGAUCCAGUGAUUCAAAUGCUCUUUCUACAAACUGUAAAGCCAUCAUUUGAAAAUAUCACUCACGAUGAUCUGAAGCUUGCAUAUAUAAAAAGGGAAAUAGAAAAAGAAUGGAAGCAGAAAAAGCAGGACACAAUACUGAAUGAGACAUUAUUCUUCAAUGGAAUUAAUCCUGGCUUUGGAAAAUGGGCCCAUGAGAAGCCAAAUUUAGACAAGGGUCAGAAAAAGCAUCAAGAACUCCAUGGUGUUGCUGGAAGAUCCAUGCAGAAGAAAACAGUGAUUCUGUGAAAGACAAGCAGUUUGUUUCCCUUUUCUUGUUGUCCCUGAAGUGUUUCAAAACUGUUUUUUCUAUCUUUCUCUUCUUUCAAUGGUCGAGCUUCAGUUACGCAUUUCCCCGUGGUGUCUUUCUUUGUAAAACUCUUCUUGAUUCCUGCAUUAUACAUGAUUUAAUGUUUUUAUUAAAGUUUUUUUAAAAAUCAGAAUUGUAGGUCAUAUAGCGCACAACCAAAUGAGAAGCUGUCAACCAAAGAGGGUUUGUCUGCUGAAGUCUUUACAUAGAAGAUUUCCUGGAAUAAUAUAUAUUUUGACUAGCAUCAAUAAAACAUGUUUUUCCACGGUAAUGCUUGUGAUUAUGAUGGUACUUUUUGGAGCCACUGUGCUUACUAAAAUCAUAACAUGGAUGGAAUGGAUGUACUGCUAAAUUUCUUGAUGUUGUCAUAUCACCUUCUAUUGGUACUU